UUCCUCACACCGAGGAGCAGCCUCUACGGCCGUCAGAGACAGAACCCAGAGGACCAUACCAAACAAGGAUCCUGAGUUCCCCCUGCACAGAACAAGUGUUCCACAGACAUGGAUGAGAGUGAAGCUGUCAAUGCCCCUAUAUUCAUGGAGGAUAGUCAGGCGGGGUACCCUCUGCCCCCCAGACCUCCCCCCCGCCGGCGUAGCACUGUCCAGUGGCUGCUCUUCCUGCUGGUGUCCCUGGCACUGUGUGGCAUGGCUGUGGAGGCCUGCUUCAUCUACCACCUCUACAGCAGCAGGAACAUCCCGAAUGGAAAGACAGAGACGAGUUACCAGGACAGGAAUGAGAUUGAAACCCCACCCACCAGGAGAACCAUCACUGUGGUGAAGCCAUCCAAACCUGCAGCACACCUGACAGAUGAGAGGCCCUUGACUCCACCCCCCACCCCGACACCCUGGACUGGACCCCUCCAUCCUCGUUCGGACGGAGUCCUGCAGUGGACUCUGGAUGGCAAUUCCUUCACCCACCAGAUGCAGUACAGGGAGGGAGCGCUGGUGGUGGAGGAGGAAGGGUACUACUUCAUCUACUCCAAAGUGUUCUUCACAGAGCCAGAGUGCACCUCCUUCACCCACGCGGUCCUGUGGAGCACACCCCGCGUCCUAGGGGGCGACACAGAGCUCAUGCAGUCCAGGAGGUUUCACUGCAGGAGCCAAUGGAGGAGCAGGAACCUGCUGAACAGCUACCUGGGAGGAGUCUACCACCUGAGCAAGGGUGACUCCAUCUAUGUGAAGGCUCAGAACCACACCCAAAUCGUCCGACAUAUCUCCCCCGAAAACUUCUUUGGAGCGUACAUGAUCUAGAAACAGAGCAGCUUUAUGUGAUGAAUAAAAUAUCUUCUGCUCUUUAUCUUGUUACUAAAGACAUCACCAGCUAAGUGUUCU